AGGCCAGAGAAUCGAGGGAGAAGGAAGGGGGGCGGGUGGGCGUCCUCCAUGUUGGUGUCGCAGUGAGGAGCUGGGAGCGGGAGGAAAAAGAAGCGGUGCCGACCUGCUCCCCCCCUUCCAGCACCACCUCUUAGACCCCCGUCCCUCACCACCUGCCGAACGGGCAACGGCGAGCAGGACUGCACUUUUAUAGCCCAGCGGCGGCGGUUGGUGCACUAUGGACAAGACAAGACAAAGUUCUGGAUUUAUACAGAGUGACUGGCAAAACCCCCAGCAGCCACCAUGUACAACGGGAUCGGACUGCCCACCCCGCGGGGCAGUGGCACCAAUGGCUAUGUGCAGCGGAACCUGUCGGCGGUGCGUCAGCGGCGGGAGAAGGCAGACCACCGCUCACCGGAGGAGCUGCAGCGACUAGAGAACAGCCUUGUCCGCAAGCCCAACCAGGACAUCCUCGACCAUGAGCGCAAGCGCCGUGUGGAGCUCCGCUGUAUAGAGCUCGAGGACAUGAUGGAGGAGCAGGGGUAUUCCCUUGAGGAAAUCCAGCAAAAAGUGGCCACGUUUCGGCAGAUGCUGGUAGAGAAAGAUUGUGGUCAGGGGAAGGAGGACCCAAAACAGCGGACAACGGUGAAUGAAACACACCAGCUGGCCGAGGCAAACGAGAAGAAGAAUGAGAGGCUCCGGGCCGCCUUUGGCAUCAGCGACGCCUACGUAGAUGGAAGCUCCUUUGACCCCCGGCGUCGAGGCCAGGGUACCGAGGCUCCCCCUGACUCUCAGCAACAGAAGCAACAUGGCUUCGUCCGGGACCCCAGCCGGUCCCGUUCCCCCUCUCCCAAGCGGAAAAAGCGAAAGAAGGGAGGAAGCCGUGGACGGUCUUCCAGCGUGACCACACGGUCCAAGGAAAAGAAGAAGAAAAGCUCAAAGAAGAAGAGCAGGUCACAGUCGAAGUCGAAAAGUAAGAAGAAGCACAGGUCCAGCAGCCCCAAGAGCAAGCGAGGGGCAAAGGAGAAGAGGAGAAAGAGGAGCAAGCCUCGUUCCCCACCCCGCAAGCAGGCCAGAGCAGGAAGCCCCUCCUCCUCACGUGGCUCUUCGUCGUCUCGGAGCUCCUCUCUGUCAGUGAGCAGGUCCCGAAGCCCCCGAAAAGAAGCCAGAGCUGCUGGGGGCAGCUCCUCACCCUGGGCGGCCCCCGGGCCAGGCGGGGACUCACGGGGAGCCGAAACAGCAAGGAGGGGAGAGCGGGAGGCCACAAUGAGAGGGAGAAGGAACGGGAGCCGCAGCCCCAGUAACCGGACAGCCAGGGGCAAGCAGAAGCCAGCAGACCUCUCGCCUGCCAGGAGAUCACAGCCCCCGUCCCCCUCUCCCUCUCCCUCCCCGGCUAGGAGAGGGGAUGUUUCCUCCUCCCGUUGGGCUGAGUCCCGGGGCUCCCCCUCCCCCGUGAGGGGCCGGAGGAGCUGCCCCCCACGCGGGGCACACUCCUCCCCUACGGCUGACGGGGUGGCGACCAGCCGGGAGAGGUCAUCGCCGAGCGCUGCUGGGUCACUUGCCAGAGUUCCUGCCCAGAGGAGCCAGUCACCACGACGGCACAGCCCCAGCCCGGCCCCCAGGAGCAACGGGUCGUCGCGGCGGCGGGAGAGGUCAUCGCCGAGGAGGAGCAUCUCACCGCCCCUGCGCAGGAGAUCGUCAUCAAGGCUAACUAGCAGGUCGCCGCGGCGACUGAGGUCAUCACCAAGGAAGUCUCGGGUGUCACCAAGGAGGGAGAGAUCAUCACCACGACGCAAAAACUUGUCACCGAGGCGCAGACGGUCAUCAUCCAGGCCAACUAAAGCGUCUCCAAGACGUGAGAGAUCAUCACCGAGACGUGAGAAUUCAUCGCCAAGGCGGUCUAAAGCAUCACCAAGGCGCAAGAGGUCAUCACCAAGGCCCGAGAGGUCACCACCAAGGCAGUCUAAGGAAUCACCAAGGCGACUAAAGUCAUCGCCAAGGCACAAUAAGUCAUCACCAAGACGUGAGAAGUCAUCUCCAAGGCAAUCUAAAGCAUCACCAAGGCACGAGAGGUCAUCGUCAAGGCAGUCCAAGGCAUCACCAAGGCGAGUAAGGUCAUCGCCAAGGCGCGAGAGGUUGUCGCCAAGACAAUCUAAGGCAUCACCAAAACGAGUGAAGUCAUCACCGAGGCGUGAGAGGUCGUUGCCAAGACAGAGCAAGUCGCCAAGGCGUGAGAGGUCAUCACCACGGCAAUCUAAAGCCUCACUGAGACAUAGUGAGUCCCCGAGGAGCAGGAGCCCCUCUCUGAGGCGGGAGAGCAAGUCCCCAAGACGCAAGAGCCCAUCUCCCAGACGCCAGGGCCCCUGCCCCAGACACAGCCCAUCUCCCAGACGCAAGAAGUCUCCCAGGCAGAGCAUAGAUGCAAGACGCAAAAGGCCACCUAGGCGCAAGAGCUCAUCUCCCAGACGCAAGAACCUAUCUCCCAGACGCAGCAGAUCCCCCAGAUGCAGCAGCCCAUCACCUAGACGUCAGUGCCUGUCUUCCAGACGGAGCAAGUCCCCAACACAUCGGAGCCCAUCUCCCAGAUUCCAGGGCCACUCUCCUAGGCAGAGCAGAUCUCCACGAUGCUGGGUCCCCUCUCCCCGGCGCCGGAGUCUUUCACCCAGACCGAACAGAUCCCCAAGACACUGGGUCCCUUCUUCCAGACGCCAGAGCCCUUCUCCCAGGCGCCAAAGCCCUUCUCCCAGGCGCCGUAGCCCUUCUCCCAGGCGCCGUAGCCCUUCUCCCAGGCGCCGUAGCCCUUCUCCCAGGCGCCGUAGCGCUUCUCCCAGACGCCGUAGCCCUUCUCCCAGGCGCCGUAGCCCUUCUCUCAGGCGCAGGAGCCCUUCUCCCAGACGCCGUAGCCCUUCUCCCAGACGCCAGAGCCCUUCUCCCAGACGCCAGAGCCCUUCUCCCAGACGCCGUAGCCCUUCUCCCAGAAGCCAGAGCCCCUCUCCCAGACGCCAGACUCCUUCUCCCAGACGCCAGACUCCUUCUCCCAGACGCCAGACCCCUUCUCCCAGACGCCAGAGCCCUUCUCCCAGACGCCAGAGCCCCUCUCCCAGACGCCAGAGCCCCUCUCCCAGGCGCCGGACCCCUUCUCCCAGGCGCCAGAGCCCCUCUCCCAGGCACCAGAGCCCCUCUCCCAGGCACCGAACCCCUUCUCCCAGGCGCCAGAGCCCCUCUCCCAGGCGCCACAGCCCCUCUCCCAGAAGCCAGAGCCCCUCUCCCAGAAGCCACAGCCCCUCUCCCGGGCGCCAGAGCCCCUCUCCCGGGCGCCAGAGCCCCUCUCCCGGGCGCCAGACCCCUUCUCCCGGGCGCCAAGGCCCCUCUCCCGAGCGUCAGGGUCCCUCUCCCAGGCGUCAAAGCCCCUCCCCCAAGCACCAGACCCCCUCACCCAGGCAAAGCAGGUCCCCGAGACGAUGGGUCCCAUCUCCCAGACGACAGACCACUUCUCCCAGACAACCCAGAGAGCUGGGGGGCUGGAGCCAGCCGGCAGACAUUCCCUGGUCUCUGACAGUUUGUCCGGACUCCCGGAGGGAGAGUCCAGCUGUCAGAAGCCCCCCUCCUGUAUUGCCGGGGACAGGUGGAGGAAGGGACCCAUCCCCGUCCACUCCCCAUGGCCCUCCACCUGCUGUCUCCCCAACAGGGCAGGGAAGAGGGCAGGAAGGCACCCCAAGCAGAGAGAGCCCCUCCCAGGGUCUGCCUUCCUCACCUCCAAACUCCAGACCUCAGGUGACUGCCUCCAAAAGGAAGCGCCGAGGAUCUUCCUCCUCGUCCUCGACCACCUCCUCUACUUCCUCCUCAUCCACCUCCUCUUCUUCCUCCUCUUCCUCCUCCUCCAGCUCCCCUGCCUCGGGGAGCAGCCGCUCACCUUCAGCUGCCAGGAGGGACCGAGAUCACAACAGACACAGGAAGCGGGGACCCAGCUCAUCGCAGGACAGAGGGAGGCAGAGAUCAAGCAGCGGGACCAGGAGAGGGGGAGCGGCUGGCACGGCCCAGGGUCGGGCUGGAUCCCGGCACUCCCGCAGCAGGAACCCCAGGCGACACCGCGCUGGCAGCACGUCCUCCUCCAGCUCCUCCUCCCUCUCGCGGACGCGGCGGAGGCGCAGGGAGCGGCCCAGGAGGACGCCCUCCCCUCCUCGAGGACGGCGGUCACGCAGCCCGAGGAAGCCCAUCGACUCACUGAGGGAUUCCCGGUCGCUCAGUUACUCACCAGUGGAGCGGAGGCGAGCCCAGGCAUCCAGGGAAUCCCAUCGGCAGCGGGAGCGGGAGCGUCGCCACAGGCGGUCGGGCAGCCAGUCACCAGCCAGGAAGAGGCAUCACGAUUUCCCGAGUCCUCGGGAUCGGCGGAGGUACCGGAGGUCUCCUUAGACCAGGAAAUGGCUCCAGUCGCUCCUCUGUGUUUUCAGCAAUGGAGAUCGUCGCCCCGAGGUGCUGGCGGACUGCUGAAAGACUAUUUGCCCUUCCAGACUGUGAAAAGUAAAUCCUGUAUCGUUAACUUCUU